UUUAGUGGGAGAACUCACCCCUGGAGUAGUGACAGAGCAGGACUGGAGGCAGCUGCAAGUUUCCCUGUUCCUUCCUUCCCAAAAAGUGCACUGUACCUGAAGGAUCUAGCAGCAACCUCCUUUAGCCAGCUGGGGAAGGAGCUGGCAGCCAGCAUUUUGCACUGAGGCAGCUGCUAGCACCAGGGAAAUCACGAUGAACUCUCUCUUCAGGAAAAGAAACAAAGGGAAAUACAGCCCCUCGGCACAGAAGAAGAGCAUCUCCAGCAAGGAGCUGUCGGAGCUCAUCGAGCGGCUGCAGAAAAAUGCCGACCAGGUGGAAAAGAACAUUGUAGAAGCCGACUCCCGAAUGCAGAAUGACUUACACAAGCUCAAGGCCGGCCAGCCUGCUCAAUACAAGGACCACACAGCAAGUAAACUGACCGAGUCGGAUAAACUCCUCUACGUUCUGGAUGGGGAUGCAGCAAUUGCUAGGCACAUGAAACACCCACAGGGUGAUAUGAUCACAGAAGACAUCCGGCAGCUGAAGGAGCGCGUGGCAAAUCUGCGUGCAAAACACGACCAGAUCUACAACUUCACUCCGCAGGACGUGGAGCCGCAGGUCAACUGGUCCAAGGUGAUCGACGAGAAACAGGAAACGUUGAACAGCCAGGGCUUUGGGACCGAUCUGCCGCUAGUCAACAGCCAAGUGGAAGAGCACAACAUCUUCCACAAUGAGGUGAUGGCCAUCGGGCCACAUAUCAGCAAGGAACGGGACAAGGAAUAUAUGAGCAGCCUCCAGGAGAAAUACCAGAAGCUGCUGUCAGGGUCCCAGCAGCGGCAGCAGGAUUUGAACUCCCUGCAGGAUUACAUGCAGCGCUGCACAAACAAGCUCUACUGGCUGGAUCAGCAGGCCAAGGACAGAAUGCAUUAUGACUGGAGUGACCGCAACCUGGACUACCCCAGCCGGCGCCGCCAGUAUGAGAAUUUCAUCAAUCGCAAUCUAGAAGAGAGAGAGGAGGCUGUCAACAAACUGCAUGCGGAGGGAGACCACCUACUAGCCCAGAACCACCCUGGGAAGAACCCCAUUGAGGCUCACAUGGAGGCUGUCCAUGCUGACUGGAAGGAAUAUCUCAACUUGCUGAUCUGUGAGGAGAGCCAUCUGAAAUUCAUGGAGGACUAUCACCAGUUCCAAAAAAAUGCUACGGAUGCCCAGGAGCUGUUGAAGAAGGUGGACACAGACCUGGACCAGAAAUACAACCCUGACUUCAAGGACAGAUACCAACUAGAGUCGCUUCUCAGGGAGCUGGAUGACCAGGAGAAGGCCUUGGACAAGUAUGAGGCAGUGGUGAAGUCCCUGCAGACGCACAGCCUGCAGGUGCUCCCUCUGAAGUACCGCCGGGAGAGCCCGCUCAAGCCUAUACCUGUGGAGGCACUCUGUGACUACGAAGGCGAGGAGGGCCAGGUUACCCGUGGAGCCCGAUACACCCUGACUAAGAACAACGGUGACAUCUGGGAUGUAACAGACAACUCAGGAAACAAGAUCUGCAUCCCAGGGGUCUGCUUCAUGAUUCCUCCCACAGACCCCGAAGCGCUAGCUCUCACUGACAACAUUGCCAGUCAGUAUCAGAGCGUGAAGCAGAAGACAGCCAGCAGCAAGAAUGCAUUACAGCAACGCUAUGAAGGGCUGAAGGCUGACGGCAUUGGAGAUGCUGCAUCCAUACAGGUGCGCCAGCUGCUAGCAGGACUAGAGAAAGUGAACAGCGACCUAGACAAGCAGGAGAAGGCAAUAACAGCAAACCUACGCCCCCCACUGGAGCACAGCCGGGCAGUGCAGGACAGUGCUGAGCGCUCAAAGGAUCUUAAGAACAUCUCCAAUGAGGUUCGAUGCAUCGAGCCUGAGAAAGCAAAGAAGAUCCAGGAGUGUGAGGCCUUUAUUGACACCGUGCCCAACACUGGCAAUGCCACCUUGGUGAGGAACAAGGUAGAGGACACUAAUAAGAAGUACGACCAAGUGGUCCAGCUGCUCGGUGCUGCCCAGGAAAAGGUGGAUGUGGCCAAUCGCCUUGAGAAGAGCCUUCAGCAAGGCAGAGACCUGCUGUCUGCAUAUGAAAACAAACUGGUGAUAGAGGAUACUGUGCCAGAGGACUUGAGGGCCCUAGAUCAUAAGAAAGAGGAGCUCUUGGCCAUGGGCAUGGAACUGCAGUCCAAGAGGGCUCUGCUUAAUGAGGCAGAGCAGAAUUUGCAAAAAACAAAGACGUGCUCCAGCACCCUUGCCAGCCGCUUUCAGGAGCACUGCCCCGACCUUGAACGUCAGGAAGCUGAGCUCCACAAACUCAACCAGCGCUUCAACAACCUCAGCAAGCAAAUUGACCACAGAUCUCAGACCCUGCAGAAAGCAAAGUCAUCCUAUUCCACCUAUCGCUCCGGCUACAAUGAAGUCAACCAGUUCCUUUGUAACAUUCCGAACUAUGAGCCACAGGAGACGGACAACAUUCAACAAGUGGAAACGAAGCUGAAGAACCAAAUGACGCUGCUGGGUGAUAUUGCACGAAAGGAGCAGGAGGUACAGAAAGUCUCUGCUGAUGCCCAGCGGUACCAGCAGGCAGUGAAGGACUAUGAACUGGAAGCGGAGAAGUUACGAUCCAUUCUCGACAUGGAAAAUGGACGGAAUGGCUACAUGAACAAGAGACCCAGACUCCAGUCUCCAGCUGCCAAAGUGAAAGAAGAGGAAGCAAUUCUGGCUGCUAAAUUCACUGAAGUUAAUGCUGUCAAUAAACAGAGGCUGCAGAACCUGGAAUUUGCCCAGAAUCUCCUGAGGCAGCAGCCAGAGGUACAAGUGAUGCAGGAGUCUGUCCAGACUAGCAAGUCUGAGAGGCCGCAGGAGGAAGUCUGGAAAAUAAUGAAAGAACUGGAUGACGAGAGUCAACGUCGACAGCAGCUAGAGGGGGAGAUCAAAACCAUCCAGAACGACAUCCUCCAUCUACAGAAACAGAAGCCCCAGGAAACUGUGCUGAAGAAGGAACUGCUGAAGAAAGUGCCUGACCCUCAGCUGGAUGAGAGCUGCCACAAAAUGCAGCAGAGCCUGGCAGAAGAGCAACGCAAGAACCAGGUGCUACAGGAUGAGCUGGAGGCCCUAAAUCUGAAACUGCGAGCCCUAGAGCAUGAGAGGAGGGAAGGGGGCCAGGAGUAUAUCGUUAAGGAGGUCCUGCGUAUUGAGCAGGACAAGGCACAAGCGGAUGAAAUCCUGAAAUUGAAAGAAGAGCUGGAGGACCUCAAGAGGCAGGAAGGAGCAAGAGAAAAUGAGGUCACCCUCCUGCGCCACCAAAUCACCGUGCUGUCUGAUGAGAAGAACAAAGAGCAGGAGAAGGUUACUGAGAAGGAGGUGGUGAAACUGCAGAAUGACCCUCAGCUGGAGGCGGAAUUCCGGAUGGUGCAGGAGAACAAGGAAAGGGAGAGCACCCUGAGGCAGAAGCAAGAGGAGGAGCUCAGCUACCUGCAGGACAAGAUGAAACGGCUAGAGAAGGAGCGGGCCAUUGCAGAGGGCAAGAUCACAGUCAAGGAGGUGCUGAAGGUGGAGAAAGACCUGGCAACAGAGAGGGAAGUAAACGAGCUCCGACGCCAGUAUGAAGACGAGAAGUCCAAGGGCCGUUCUAACGAGAGGGAGAAGGCUGAGCUGCUCAGAAAGAUCCAGGUCCUGGAGGAGGAGAACGCUAAGGUGGUUGUCCAAGAAAAAGUACGUGAGAUAGUGCGCCCAGAUCCCAAGGCUGAAAAUGAAGUAGCCAACCUUCGUCUGGAGCUGGUGGAGCAGGAGAGGAGAUACCGAGGUGGGGAAGAGCAGCUGAAGAGCUGCCAGAAUGAGCUGGCUUACCUGAGGAACAGAAGCGGCCAGGUGGAGGUGAAAGAAAUUAUCAAGGAGGUCAUUAAGUACAAGACUGAUCCUGAGACCGAGAAGGAAUUGCAGAGACUCCGGGAAGAAAUUGUAGACAGGACCCGAGCGAUUGAGAGAGCUGAUCUGGAGAUCUACCAGCUGAAGCAAGAAAUUAAGACCUUGAAAGACACCAAACCUCAAGUGCAGAUGAAGGAAGUCGUCCAAGAGAUACUACAGUACCGGGAAGACCCCAAGACCAGGGAGGAAGUGGAGUCCCUGAGAGCUCAGCUAGCAGAGGAACAAAAGAAGCACAUUGACUUGGAGAGGGAGAGGCUGCUCCAGGAGGAGAAGAUCAGACAGAAAGAGGAGGAACUCUCACAAGUGAAAGAGAAAGUGGUCCAGCAGGAAGUGGUGAAGUUUGAGCAAGAUCCUGCCUUGAAAGCAGAGAUCAACUCCUUCUCUCAGAGCAUUGAGAGUGAGCUGAAGCAGAUAGACUCCCUGCGGGAAGAGCUGCGCAAGCUGCAACGGAGGAGAUCUGAGUUGGAGCGCCAGCUGGAGGAGCUCGAGAAAGAGAGGCAUGCCCGCAGAGAGGCCGAACUUGAGGUGCAGAGGCUGAAGGUCAGGCUGAACGAGCUGGAACAGCAGGAGCGGGAGACAACGGAGAGAGUAACCGUGAAACAGAAGGUGAUCCUCCAGCAAGACCCGCAGCAAGAGAAAGAACACUCUCUCCUCAAGCUGGAGCUGGAGGAAGAGAAGCACCGAAGGCAAGUCCUGCAGGCUGAGCUGGAAGCCCUAAGGAAGAAGCUCCUCACGUUGGAGAAGAUGGAGGUCAAGGAGAAAGUAGUCUUUUCAGAGAGAAUCCAAGUGGAUAAAGGGGACACCGAAUAUGAGAUUCAAAAACUGAAGAGCAACCUGGAGGAGGAGAGUCGGCGUAAGAGGGAGCUGGAUGCAGAUGUCAACCGCCUCGAGGCCAAACUAUCUGAGGUGGAGUUCAACAAUUCCAAAUCCUCCAAGGAGCUAGAUUUCUUGAGGGAGGAAAACCACAAGCUCCACCUAGAAAAGCAGAAUCUUCUGCUGGAAACAAGGAGGCUACAGUCUGAGAUUGAGCUCACAGCAACUGAAGCACGGGAUUUACGGAACAUUACCCAGAUUGACAGCGGGGUGAAUCUGGACGCCAGAUUCCAGGCCUUGGAGAGAGAGCUGGAAGAUCUCAAGAAGUUAUCCAGAGAAAAAGAUGCAGAGAUUGAGCAACUUCAGAACCGCCUCAAGACAGUGGCCAUCAAGAGAGAACAGAGAGAGAACCACUUGCGGCGCUCCAUUGUGGUCAUAGACCCCGACACCGGCAAGGAGAUGUCGCCAGAGGAAGCUCACAAACUUGGCCUCAUCGAAUGGAGCUUGUUUGUCAAGCUGAAGAGCCAGGAAUGCGACUGGGAAGAGAUCUCAAUAAAGGGGCCUACUGGGGAGUCCUCCGUGAUCCUCGACAGGAAGUCUGGCCAAGAAUUCUCCAUUGAGGAUGCCUUAAAGAGCGGAAAGUUAACCAUGGCUCAGUACGAUCGUUACCUGAACAAGGAGAUGUCCAUUCAGGAGCUGGCGGUACUGGUGUCUGGAAAGAAGUAGUUACAAUGUUCCCUCCACUCUACAUUGAAACUUUUCUUUACAGCAGCUUGCUCAGAGCUGCACCACUUGUUACAAUUCCAGAUUGCUGCAAAUCCUUUAUGUCUUCCGAAAUGCUAUAGCCUUUGCACAGUCCAACAUGAGGCUGCCAUGAAGUCAUGCUGCUUGCUGCAUCCAUUGCAUAAGAGCACUGCCAUGCCAGACAUGGAAAAUGCAUUUGUCAACAUUACAUUAACCUUUCUUCCCCACUACAACCCUACUUAGGUACUCACGCCAACAGAAAAUGAACAAAAUCAUCUUCUGAAGUUGUUUAUUAACAUGUGCUCUCAAAUUUAGCAACUGAAAAGAGGCUGCACAUUCCUUUUUUGUUUUUGUCAAGUAUGCACUUCUCUCUAGAGGAUACUGCAAAGCUGUAUAAAGAGCCACUGGAAAGAGACAAAAGGUCAAGAAGACCCAGAUCAGCAAAGGGAGCCUCGUAAGCCACCUACUUGUAUGAAAAUCUAGAGACACUUUCAUUAUAUACAGUUGAAUGAAUGAUGGUAUCUUCAUCUGAGAAAGGCAGCUAAGUGCACAAAAAAUGAAAUUUACAUUUUCAUUCAUAGUCAUGAUACUCACAUCUAAUCAAAGCUGAUUCAGACAUACUUCUAUCACCGCAGUGCCUCUAAUGCCAAAGGAGAGGGGGAACAAAAAGAAUUGUAAUUUGAUACAGUAAUUCCUAGAUUAAAAGGAGGUAUUUUCAUAUGACAUCACCAGAAAUAUGUAAAGAGAUGUCAAUAUUAUGUAGUAAAACAUGCUACUGUAACCUAAUGCAGAGGUGCCUUCUGAAGUCAUGCUUACCUCAUGGUUAAAAGCCACUCAUACUGAUAUUUUACUGACUAAAGUUACAUUCAGCUAUAUGUAUCAUUUAUUUGUGUAAGGGAAUGGGAAAUAUGGGGAAAUUCUAUUUAUAGUACAAAAUAAAAAUGC